AUGCAACAACUGGCUCCGGCGCCUCAACCAUUACGGGCAGCUCCAAGCGAAAAUGCCACUGAGCAGGCCUUGCGAGAACGGCUCCUUGCUUCGGUACAACCGCAGCACCUCCCCGAGUAUCAGCAACGCCGACAAGAAAACCACGCUUCAAACCCACACAGUCACAACAUCGACCCUGCGAUAGCGGGGUCAAAUAUGAUGAGUCAACACAUGAGCGGAGACGUGAGCGACGGAGACGGGCCAGAACGAAGAGGUAAAAGGGAGUUGUCCACAAGCAAGAGGGCGGCACAGAAUAGGGCAGCCCAGCGAGCCUUCCGCCAACGAAAAGAAAGCCACAUCAAAGAUCUCGAAACCCGCAUCCGAGAGUACGACAACCUCAACACGUCCUACAAAGCUAUUCAAAAUGAAAAUUACGCCCUGCGCGAAUACAUUAUAGCUCUCCAAGGAAACCUUCUACAGAACAAGGGAUCCUAUCCCCCACCACCUCCACACAUCAACCUCCACUCAGGUCGCGCACCUUUAGCUGAUAGCAACGUGCCACGUACAGUAGAGAGUCGCUCGGGAGUUCAGGAAGAACCAGAACGAGCGGCUCCAACGGCUUCAAUGCGGGCGCUCGAAGAUCAUAUCCAGGCCUCUGCCGCACAUUCCCUGAAUGAACAGCGAGAUGAGGCCUUGAGGCGACCAGAUUCAGAUAUGUCAAAGCGACCAAGAAUCUCGGAGGAGUCGCAUGCACACGGCCUCCCACAGCGUACGCAGUCGUGA